GAGGCCCGGGAACCAGCCCGGCUUUCCGCUCCGGGCCCCGCGACCCGGACACCAAGCCUGCUACGGGCUGGAACAGCAUGGAGAAAUCCAUGAGGAGCCCGACGCACCUGACAAGAAAGUCACAGGAAACCAGGUUGCCCUCGGCGACGUCGGCAACUGGUCGGCGGCUGAGCCGGGAGAAGCGGACACGCGGGUAGGGCCGGUUUCCUUUAAAGGCCUCGGAGGAAGAAGCCCGAGCCGCAUUGGGUGUGGGACCGGCGGUCGCCCCGCCCCUUCCAGUAGCUGCUGUCGCUGCUUCCGGUAGCGCGCCUGGCGGGCUCCGGGCUCGAGCGUCCCCAGGCGCGUUCCGCUCCUCGGUCCGCGCGAGUUACGCCUUUCUGUCUCCAGCAACAGAGCCCGGCCGGGUCGCGGACACCAGAGCGAGCCGGGAGAACGAGAUGUGUUGCGAGAAGUGGAACCACGUGGCCGAAAUGCUGCUCUUCAUUGAAGACCGCGAUGAGGACUACAAGAUCCUUUGCCUCUGUUCCCGGGCAUUUGUGGAGGAUCGAAAAUUGUACAACUUGGGAUUAAAAGGCUACUAUGUCAAAAGCAGUUGCAAUAAUGCAGGAGACCAAGUUACAGAAGAGGAGGAAGAUGGUCAUUCCAAUGGCACUGCAGAAUCACAUAGCCCAGAUGAGAGUGACCUUGAUUCUGAGGCCAAGCUCAUGAGAAGUAUGGGAUUACCAAUUCAGUUUGGUAGAGUGUCUACACAUGAGAAUUUUGAGGUAUCUAUGAAUGCAAGAAAUAAAGCUAAAGUGAAGCAAAAAAGACGAAAACACCAAAAGCGGUAUUUAGAUGAAAUGGUUCAGGAAUCCUGGAGAAAUGACUAUGAAGAAGAUGACCUUGUCGUGUCCGAUGACCCAUCUUCAGUUGAGCACUGUGAGAACAACAGAACAUGUGAAAUUCAAAGCAAAGCAGAUUCUGAAGCAGAAAACCUUCCUGUUGAAAAUACACUGGCACCAAAGCUAGAGGUCCCAGAGAACUGGGAAAAGUACUGGAAUGAAUAUGGAGAAGGGCUGUUGUGGCAAGGCUGGCAGGAAAAGUAUCCAGGCCAGACACUGUCUUCUGAACCUUGGAACCUUCCUGAUACAAAGGAAGAAUGGGAGCAACAUUACAGUCAGCUUUAUUGGUAUUAUUUGGAACAGUUUCAGUAUUGGGAAACUCAGGGCUGGACUUUUGUUGCCUCACAAAACUGUGAUAAAGAUGCUUGCACAUCUCACACAGAGGUAGACCAGAAUGCUGAGAGCAGCCUGAAAUCGGAUGUAACGACUUUUUCAUCUUCACCUAAUAUAGUUGAGGAUGAAAUCUGUGGCUCAAAUGAUAAUGACCACAGUGAGAUUAUUACUGCGAUUAACAACAUAACUCUGAGUGCAGAGAAAGUAGAACAGAACCAGUUGGAUUCCUCUGAACACUGUGACAAGCUGCUCAGUGAAAUCACUGGGAAAGAGUGCCCUGCCUCUGGAGGAAGUGACUCCCGUAAUGGAACACCCAAGGAAAAUGACAUAUCUGAGAACAGAAGCCCAGACCAACCAGCUCGAGAGUUGCAGGAGUCUUCAGGAACAAAUACAGGUAAACAUAGGCCACACCAUAAUGGGGCUGAUGGAAAUGAGAGUGAAGAUGACCCACCUGAGCAUAAGCCCAGCAAAGUGAAGAGAAGCCAUGAAUUGGAUGCUGAUGAAAACCCAGAUUCAGAAGUCGAUGACAGUGGUUUCCUUCUAGGAUUCAAGCAUGGCUCAGGACAAAAAUAUGGUGGAAUUCCAAAUUUCAGUCAUCGACAGGUCAGGUAUCUAGAGAAGAACGUGAAAUACAAAUCAAAGUACCUGGAUAUGCGCAAGCGGAUGACUGUGAAGAACAAGCACAUCGUGUUCACAGAGGACUCGGGGAAACCCUUUGUCAGGAAGAGUAAAGUGCGGAGUAAGGUAGAAAAAUUCCUAAAAUGGGUUAAUGAACGAGUAGAUGAGGAGACAUCACAGGAGUCUCUUUCUCAAAACAAAAUGCAAGACACUUGCACAAGCAGUGACUCAGAGGAACAAGACAUGUCCUUGGAGAACGCUGACAACCUGGUGGAGACCAGAGAUCCAGAACCUGAAAGAUGUCAGACCAUCUCUUCAGCCAGUGAACUUGAAGCAGAAAAGAGUGAAGCAGGCUCCUUAGUAGCAGCUGUUCCAGAGAACUGUUCAACUGAAGAAAUACCAAACUCUCCCCAUGCAGAAACAGAAGCUGAAAUAAAGAAGAAAAAGAAGAAGAAGAGGAAGAACAAGAACAAAAAGAUAAAUGAUCUCCCACCUGAAAUAGCUUCUGUUCCAGAGCUGGCAAAAUACUGGGCCCAGAGAUACAGACUCUUCUCUCGCUUUGAUGACGGGAUCAAACUGGACAAAGAGGGCUGGUUUUCAGUCACUCCUGAGAAGAUUGCCGAGCACAUUGCUGGCCGUGUCAGUCAGUCCUUCAGAUGUGACGUUGUAGUAGAUGCUUUCUGUGGAGUUGGAGGAAAUACCAUUCAGUUUGCCUUAACUGGGAAAAGAGUGAUUGCCAUUGAUAUCGACCCUGUUAAAAUUGAUCUUGCUCGGAAUAAUGCUGAAGUUUAUGGGAUAGCAGAUAACAUAGAGUUUAUCUGUGGAGAUUUCCUGCUCCUGGCUCCGUGUUUAAAAGCUGAUGUUGUGUUCCUAAGUCCACCUUGGGGAGGGCCCGAUUAUGCUACUGCAGAGACCUUCGACAUUAGGACAAUGAUGUCUCCUGAUGGCUUUGAAAUUUUCAGGCUUUCCCAGAAGAUCACUAAUAAUAUUGUUUAUUUUCUUCCAAGAAAUGCUGAUAUUGACCAGGUGGCAUCCUUGGCUGGACUUGGAGGGCAAGUGGAAAUAGAACAGAACUUUCUUAACAACAAGUUAAAGACCAUCACUGCAUAUUUUGGUGACCUGAUCAGAAGACCAGCGCUUGUGAAGACCACUUGUGAAGCAGAGGGGUGAUGCUGUAAGGCACAGAGAGGUCAUGUGGAGCGAGGAUGUAUGACAUUCAAGUGAGAGACAGGAAGGCCUUCCAAGGUUCUUUAAUGCUGUGUGCACAUGUGAUGUGGAAAACUCUGACUUUUAAAGAAUGCUAAUGAAGUAGUUUGAGAUCUUCGAGUAAUGGUAAUGGAUCUGUGUUGUAUACUUUAAAACACACCAGGGCAAGGUGGUAGCUGUGCCUAUAAUCCCAGCACUUCAGAAGGAUCAUGAGUUCAAGCUCAUGCUGUGUUUCCUAACAAAUCAAGGCUGGCCUGAGCUACAUGAGAUCUUGCCACAAAAAA